AUGUCCCUCUCCACCGGCGCCACACUCAUCACCCUCUCGUUACUUAUGAACAAACUUUCCGGGCUGUACGGCAUUCUAGCCCUGCUCACCGGCUACGACCUCUCGGGCUUGCAGCUCUCGAUGUACAUCUACAGCAUCGCCGCCCUCGCGCUGACGGUCUACCUUGCGCCACACAUUCGAAGUCAGACGCCGCUGCAUUGUCUCGCCCUCGCCUGGUUCUACGUGCUGGACAGCGUCAUCAAUGCGGCGUACACAGGCGUCUUUGCGAUGACGUGGUUCUUGGUGCUGAUGCAGCAUAAUGCGGGAGUGGGCGAGGGCGAUAAGAAGGGCCCCGGUGCCAGCACGAUCGAUCAUACGAGCGGAUUCACGAAUCCAGAGGUCAAUGCCUCCAGCGUGGAGGUGGUGGCGAAUGCUGGGGAGGCUGAGGAUACUGUACAUGCAGUAGCUAGUGACGCACCGGCUGGCGUCGGAGGCUCUGGACACACAGUAGCUGGCGCCGUAUUAAGUACGGAGAGCAUGAACAGCAUUGGCAUAAUCGUGGCGCUUUGGACCGUGCGGCUAUAUUUCUGUGUGAUCAUGCUGGGUUGGGCCCGAGUGGUUGUCAGGCAACACAUCGCCGCCCAGGGUUCCAAGCAGAUGGAUUAUGCGGCCGCCAGCAAGGACGAGACUAUGAGUGCAAACCCCUUUGACGAGUCCAAGCCUGAGGGUCAAGGGUAUGGAGGCAAAAUUGGCAGGUUCUUGAUCGCCAUUGGCAGGAGUUACUGGUUGGGCAAGGAUGAGGAUGAUAGCUGGAUGUACGGCAUGACGAAGUUCCGGAAGAGUACGGAGGUGGGCACCAUGCUCAAAGAUAUACAGCCUGGCCCGACCGAGAGGGAGCGGAGACGAAGGAGCGGUACGGGCCCGCCGCUGCCCUUACCAGAGGCAACGGGAGAUGGAAAGACUCUGCAAUUGCCUGUUAGCAGCACAUGA